UGAAAAUUAUGUGAAAGAAACACCACUUCAUUUAGCUGCUUUGAAUGGUCAUAAGAAUGUUGUCGAAUUUCUCAUUAGUAAAGGAGCCAAUGUUAAUAGUGAAAGUAAUGUGAAAGACACACCUCUUCAUUCAGCUGCUGAGAAUGGUCAUAGGAGUGUCGCUGAAAUUCUCAUCCGUAAAGGAGCCAAUAUUGCUAUUAAAAAUAAUGCGAAUUGUGUACCACUUCAAAUGGCUGUUAACAAUGGUCACAAUGAGGUCGCCAAACUUUUUACCGGUAAAGGAAACAAAAUUAAUAUUGCAGAGCAAUUGGAAUAGAUUCAAUUGGAUUCAGUACAAUGGUGACGAAUAGCUGAACCAAUUUAGCUGAAUAAUCGGAUGAUUUCCUUCGAUUCCCCUUUUCGAUUGUAGUGUAGAAAUAAUUUCAAAACAUUUUUUUGUCAUCUAUAACCAUACCAACCAAUAUUGUUGCUUUGUUCGACCAUCGACUAAUAUUCUGUAAAAAAACAGCUCAAG